AUUCAGCUAUUAUUGCAUCAACGUUUUCCCCAAUUUGUAAAAUAAUAUUUCUAUCGGCUUUCUUUAGCAAAAUGACCUAAACUAUGGGAUAUCUCAGUCGUGUUUUCAGUCCUUGGUGGAAUAAAGAUGUGAAAAUUUAAAAGGAAAUGAGCUUGUUAUUACAGUUGAAUAUUACAGAAGCUUUAUAUCUCUACUAUACCUGAAAUCAUGAAGUAAAAGAAUGAACUGGAUUAAAACCAGAAUCAUAUGAACUAGAAAUUUUAAAAAAUUACAAUUUAAUCUUUUUUCCAAUCACAUGUAUUUUAAACUUUUGUUGAAGUCUUGAAAUACAAAAUUGAAUAAUUCCUGUACUUAUGGUGCCAUUUGGAUGACCUGUAAGAAACAGAAAUUAGUUUACACUAAAUCAGACUUGCCCUUUUAGCUUACUAAUGUCUACCAUUUCAGCCACCAGGUUUUCAAGCCACUUGAAGCAGAAUUUUUACAAGCCUUUCUAUCAGAUAUUAAGUACCAGUUACAAGUUGAGGCUUCCCUUAUUAUUACAGUUUGAAGUACACCUAAAUUGAUAAUUAUAAUACCUACAUCAAAAUGGAUCUAUUAUGACAGAUUAGUAGCCUUGCCACCAUAAUGCCACAUGAAAUCACAAAUGAAAAUAGAUUGCAAAUUAGACAGGACUAAUUAAUUGGAUUGCAAUGGUACUUGAAGUAUCAAAAUAUCUAUCACUUUCUUGGUGCCCAAUGGAAUUUCUGCCCCACCUCAGUUGGAAGGAUAAGUUGGUGUGUGGAUAUAUAUUUAUAGAGUUCAGUGUGUAGCAUUUAUUUGUAGCAAUACUUUUCGGUCUUCCAAAAUUCUCAUUAGGCUGGUGAGCAACCGAGAGAGAUAAUUUAUCUUCCUGGAAACGGUUUGUCAGUGGCUGACCACUAAUUCUUUUAGGCCCCUGCCCACAGCUCAUGUUAUCCAAAUUUCCAGUUUCCCACGCCCCCAAAAUGUGACUUUAAACACACAUAUGUACCUAGAAUUGACAGACUAGGGAAAGGAAUGAUAAAUCCUUAUGCUACAAAAGUAUUUGACAAAAUUUAUUAUCAACAUUCCUUUGCAAAUUUUAGCUUGUUUGUAAGGGUUUUUUUAAUGUAAUCAUUUUUAUAAAUCUUUGUAGUUGGAAUUGUUUUGGAAACGGAUUCAUUGAGAGUGCGUCUCCUUUUUGUGACUUCUUUGUAGCUAUUAGCAUGCUACAAAUACAAUCUUUCUGAGUGUUAAGAGAGAAGAUAAUGUAUAUCAACUGACAGAACAUUUAGCUGAUGAAGUAUUAUUUCAUGUUGUCAUGAAUAAUUUUAGUUCACUAAAAUCUUUGGAUUAUGAAUGUAUGCAACAUUCGGGUUUAAAUUGCUUCAAACGUAAAACAGUGUUUCUCAAGCCUUUUGGAAGAGUUCCAUCAUAAUGGGAUUUUUUGUAAUAUCUUAUGUUCUCAAUGGUUGGAAACAAAAAAAAAUGCAUAUUUCAACUUGGAAUUCCUUUCUAGCUAUUUGGUUACUAACAUAAAUAAAAAUCCUUGGCUUCAAAAUUUAUUUAAAAAGUUUAAGUUCUCAUAAUGGCAUAUGAACACCGCAUAGGUUAUCAGGAUGGUUAGGCAAUAAUCUGUCACCGGUACUUCUUUAAUCAUGACCUGGUUCACACCAUUAAGCCAAAAAGUAAUCUUUACUGACCACAAUAAUUAAUCUUAUGAACAGUCUGAAACUAACUGGUUUAUUACACUAUGUGAGAACUCAGUCGAUCUUCAUUAAUUCAGUCAAUCUUCAUGAAUCUUCAUUUUUUUUUUACAAUUUCAUUUAUUUUUAAUAAGAUUUGUAGAUUGUCCAGCCCCAACAAUUUUGUGUAGCAAUAUUUUUUUUAACAAAAUGAGGAUAAUGCAAUUUAGAUGGUUCAACAACUAAUUCUCUCACCCAGUAACGGAUAAACUACGAUUUCAUUACCUUGACUUUAACUGCAACCCUACAGCCUGAGGAAAUGUAAUGCUUUUAAUGCUAUUUUAAAGGCUGAUAAGAUGGAAACAUGAAUCUCGAGGUGGGGGGAUGCAGAGAAGGCCCACCUCCUGGCCUCUGCUACGUAACUAUUUGAUGGAACUAGAAGUAGCCAACUGUAUUAGAUGUUAUAAUGUGGAUAGAAACCAUGACACAUAUAUCUCUUAAUUAGCUAUGCUCUAGAGUUUUAAAAGUGACAAUUGGUUCCUUAAAUUGUAUUCCAAAUCAGACCGGAACCAGUGCAGUUCAUGAAGCAUGAAUGUCCCUGGGUAUGGUACAACCUGCCCAAUUCUCAUGCAGCUGUGGGACCACUGGUAUCUUUCAAGUAAUUAUCAAAGCAACCCCUUCUUCAGCACAUUGCAAUAAGAAGGGCCUCCCAGUUGAAGAAAGGACACAACUGGUGAACAAGAUUAGUGUGAAAGACCUUCCUGAACACAGCUGCCACCUGCCUAUCAAGCAUUGAGGUUCAAAGAUGGAAGAACUUUGCACUAGGAGUCUCAAACACCCACAACCAAUAUUGCUAGGGUUGAGGCUUAGUUUGUUUUUCCUCAUCCAACCAGAGCAAGUGCUGUAAAAGGUAUUGGGGUGGGAAAAAAUGAAUUACACAAAAUAGUAAAAGAACAAACACAGAAGAAUAGAUGGCCUUAUAUUGCCUAGCAAAGUUAGGUAAAACAAUCUAAGCCACAGGGGAAAAUGUACGAAGAGUAAUUGUGUUAGUAUCCAAAAAGGUGUUCUCCAAUUUCUUUUAACCCUAAAAUAAAGAGCUGGGUAAAACAAAAAUAGGAAAUGAUGAAAUAGUACUAUCGGCCAAGCAGUCAAAUAAAGGGGGGUGGUAUUUAUGCACAUCAAAUCAGCAAACAAUAUGAAGACACAAAGGUUACAUGUUUUAUAGUGCCAUGUUUAGGGAGCUGCAAUUGGCUAUAAUUCUAAGAUUGGAGCGUAAGCAUAGGUAGUCUUUCUAGUAAAAAAUUGUAUGUAUAUUCCGAGGCUGAAAAAAUAUUUUAAAAGAUCUACCAGUAAUGCUCUGUAUCCUCUAUAUUACAUAAAGAGGAAAAUCCUGGCAUCUCUGGAACAACAAAUAAAAUGAAAUAGGUUUGGAUAGUAGGAAUUACGGUAAUAUAUUUGAGGCAGCUCAGAUUGCACAAAGGACAUUUAUUAUAGCGAUAGAAAUCAAGAACCCAAAUUUGAAAAUAGAAUAAUGCACUUGGAGAAAAUGAUACACCAAAAAUCUCUGGAAAGAAUACAUUUUUCAUUAACAUUUCCAUGCAGUAUAUUAUAUGUAUGUAUUUACAUUCACUCUUAAUAAGCAAUGGCAAGCAGGAAUAUUUCUGUCCUGAAAGUGUCCUAGGACAAAUCACAAUAUAACCUAAAGUUUGGGUCCAUACAUUCUAAGCCUGAGGUAGGCAAUCUUUAGUGUCCAAGGUCAAUGCUUUGGGAAUGGAGGGACAUUGUAAAUGUAGCAAUGCGUGGAGUAGUUCAUACAAUAUGGAAAAAAACUCAAGACAAUACUGGCACAAGGCCGCUUUCAUGAUGUUUCCAGAAAAAUGUGUAGGUUAAUGCUGAACUUCAUUUAAGAGUGCUAUCAGCGAAUGAAUAAUAACUUCUGUCAGCUAAUAAACAAUAACGGCCUUAAAUAAAUUAUUUUUGUAGUAGCAAAAGAAAAAAAAUAGACUAAAUUUUUACUUCAGAUGAAAAAAAAGACUAGCAAGAAUUGCUAGCGAUGCAUAUCAAGUGGCUGACACUAAGUCAAUGCCUUCUGCGAGGCCGAGCAAUAAAUAUGGCACGUUCUUAUUUAGCAACCGACCUUCUCCCCAGUUUGGAAAAAUUAAGGUUUCGCUUCUUCGUGGUAAAUUACGGAAAUCCCGUUAGACUGCUUAAUGAAAGACACUUUUAUUUUCCCCAAGAUGUCUGUUUUGAUUUUUCCUCCUCCCUCCUGCAUAGAUCUAUGAACAAAAAGUAAGCUCUAUGAUUGGUUGGGGCGUCAGAUGCUUCCUUGCACCCACUUGAUUGGCUGCAGCGAAUCAAUCGCGCUCCCAAUCCCGCCAAUCAAGAAAAAGGGUGCCAACUUUUGAUUGUCGCGCAGACGCUCGCGGCCGCUACCUUCUCUCGCCGCUUUCCUGUUAGGAACCUUUUGGUGAAGAACGGACGGAGGGGAGUCUCGUGCGCCGCUCCCGCAGGGUUUCCAGCGAAAAAGGUGCACGCGUCGCUCCUGGUGGGGUCCGUCAAUAUCCCGCGGUUCUUCGACGGGCUGGCAGCUCUGACGAUUACACUAUUCUUUAAAUGUCUCUGCUAUUGAAUCUCUUACGGCAAUUGCUGGAGUAUUAUGGUGUGGUCCCAGAACUGGCCUUGCAAAGGUGUAAAUUCUAUCUAAAUGGCCUUAUUCGUAUGAUUGGAUCUCGUCUUUCUUCAAAUACCUUUUCACGAAUAUACUUCCAAGAAUUAUGUAUUAUUUCCAGGAAUUGUUUGAUAUCCUGGGUUUCAGAAGGAAAAAGAUAUGGACCUACCCGAAGUUUUGUUCGUAGAUUGGGAGCGUGUCUUACAUUAAUUCCUUUUUCAAGACCUCACUUUCAGCUGGUCCAACGUCUGAAGACUUCAGAGGAACAAUACAGGAUCGUUAAUUCUGUUCAACCGUCUCUUGUUGAUGCCUUGUGGGUGGUAGAUGAAGACAGAAAUCCAUGCACUAAAUUCAGAUUUGAGGAAUGGAGAGGGGUUGCCACUCCAUCUGUACUUUCUUCGCCAAUUUCUUCAAAAGAAAAAAGUGAAAAAACAACUGUUGCGGGUGAAGAUGCAUUCCAAAAAAUUCAUGUUCUUGAAAAUGAAUUAGCACAUCUUCGUAAACAGAUUGCUGCAAUUUUGGCAGCAGAUAGGGCAGUAAAUGAUCAAUCCCGUUCAGAUAUUGGGAUUUCAUCAAACACUCCUAAUGGUUUCCUGCAGCCAGGAAUGUUUUCUAUACCAGCUCCUACUUCUCUUUGUAAUGUAAUCAUACCUCCACCUCCACCACUGCCACCUUCGUUUGGGUUAAAAUCUGAUUUUGAUUCCCACAAUUCGGCAGUUCAACUUAUUAAACAACGUCGGGCUAUAAAGACUGAAAAGAUUAAAGAUAGGGCUAAACUUCAGAAGGUUAAAGCUAUUCCUGAUAUGAUGGAUGUUCUCAAGGAUAUAACUAAUGUUAAACUCAGAGCUAUUGAGAAAUCUCCUGGGGGUACACCUCUACCCAAAAGAAAUAAAAUGAAGCCAUCUCAAUGGGACCCAGCAGCUUUAAUAGCAGAAGCUCUUAAAGAGAAAUUUGCAUCACAAAGCGAUGAUUCAUUUGACAAAGAGAACAGUUCUUAUGGUGCUUCACCAUUUUCUAGUCCAGAUACUCCAAUGGGAGCGUGAAUGGCAUACGUUGGAUGUGAGACGUGCCGUGCGUGCUUAUGUAAAGAGGACUAAGGAAUUCCACCGUUCGGAGGCGUUUUUCAUCUCCUUCCUUCCUGCGUCCCUUGGCCACAAAGUCUCAUCAUACACAGUGGGUCGUUGGCUGCGCACUUGCAUCAAACUGGCAUAUGAGCACCAGGGCAAGAAGGCUCCAGGCCGGGUCACCGCACACUCUACUAGAAGCGCGGCAGCUUCUGUGGCCUGGGCAACCCAGGCAUCUAUUCUGGACAUUUGCAGGGCGGCCACGUGGGCUUCCCCCACCCCCUUCAUUAAAAACUAUAAAAUUGACACCUUUGCCUCAGCCGAAGCCUCCUUUGGGAAAAGAGUGUUACAGCGAGUAGCUGAAGUUCCUGAGGCUCCGGCACUUCCCCACCCUGGGACUCAAUAGCUUGGGCAUGUCCCACGCUUGGACUCUCCGAGUAGUACACUGGAGAAAGACUGUUGGUUUACCUGAACGGUCAUUCUCAGGGCACUACGAGGAGAGUCCAAUCCCGCCCGGGGUAUUAUUCCUUGAUUGUUGUGACUGUACUGACUGUAUCUGGUUACAGGAAUGUCGCCUUCGUUUUCAAACUGAGCAUACAGAGGCAAAGGGAGGCGUGGUCAACAGAAAAACAUCACUCAGUCCAAGGGUAGAUAGGCUGUGUUAACCCACGCUU